AUGGAUCACCAAGGCGGCGGCGGCGGCGAGGACCUCAUCUCCCUGUGCCUCAUGGCGCUCGCCGCCGCGGCGCGCGGGGCGAGCACCGUGGCGCAGGCGCCGGAGCUCCACUUCCGGUGCUCGCUCUGCGGCAAGGCGUUCGCGUCGUACCAGGCGCUCGGCGGACACAAGGCGAGCCACAGAAAGCCAGCGGGUGCCAUGACGACGGCGGCCACGGCCGCACCGGCGCCGCCGCCGGCGGCGCACAGAGACGACUUCGCUGCCCCGUCGCCGGAGACGACGGCGGAACUGUCCCUUGGCGGCGGCGGUGCCUCGGAAGAUGGGCGGCGGCGCCACGUCUGCUCGCUGUGCCGGCGGCGGUUCGCCACCGGGCAGGCGCUCGGCGGGCACAAGAGGUUCCAUUACUUGCACGGGCCGUCGGUGUCCUGUCCAGCUGGGACGGCGAGCGUGGGCGCGUUCGACCUGAACGUGGCGCCCGUGAGGGAUAUCGCCGGCGAGCAGCGAAGCGACGAGGAGGCCGAUGAUGAGGUGGAGAGCUCUUCACCGGCCAAGAAGACACGGCGCCGGCCAUGA